CGAGUUAGCGUUGUAGUACGAUUUGCCAGAAAAAAGUUUCGGGCAAUGUAAGUGAAACCUGUAGUCGAUUAGUAUAUAAUUUAUUGGUUCGAUCAGAUAGAAAUGGAUAAUCUAUGAAAGAAGAAAAUUACAAUGUCAAUGCCAAUGGAAUUUAAUGAAAAUCUCUCUCCACAUUGACCGGCUUAGUUGUCGGAUUUUGGCACUAUAAUCUACAAAGUGUGUAUUUCAGUAGAAGAAAUAUCUAGAAUUUAUCUAAAAUUAUGCCUGAUCGAUAUAUCAAGAUUAUUGAAUAUUGAGACGUCUCAAUAUAAUCUAAGGUCUCGAGCCAGAACAGUACUAUCUAGGUUUGGCAUAAGAGGAAGUUUAAGGCAGUCAAUUGUGGGGGUGGUAAAUACAAAGAGUAUUUGUUUGUAAAGAUAUGCAAAUUAUGCUGUUUUGAUACGAACAAAUAUCUUCUAGUGGAUAGAUCAUCAUCUGGCCGAGAGUUGCUGAAAUAACACGAUGUGAUCAUGUGAAGAAAGUAAUAAACAACAUGAAGUUACAAAUGAGUUUGUUUUCAUGAUGUUGUAAUUAAGUUUAUGAUAUAUAUUUAUGCAUUUAAGUUCAUAUAAUAUAUAUGCAGUUUAUAGAGUAUUAGAGAUUAUAUUUAACGAUAUCUUUGAGAACUCCAUGAUUUAGCAGAAUGCAUGAAUGAUUUGAAAGGCUGCGAAUUGUUAUAUCGUAAUAAUUAUCACAUGCAAUAUAGAUAGUAUAUGAUACAUGCAUGAAUUCGAAUAGUGCUACUACCCUAUAUACGAAACUAGUCACGGACUGUCGAGUGUCGACAGCAAUGGCAAUUGCCAAUGGUGUAUCAUACUAUAUAAAAGUCUGAUCAUCCAGCAAUCUUUGGAUAUUGUUUACCUCAACAGAUAUAAUUUGCGGCUAACAGUAACACGCUAUACAGUGUACAGUGUACAGUGUACAGUGUACACAACUAUGCGGCCAAAGCCAGGCAAUGUUCUGCAUGAUAAUUAUUAAGCAUUGAAUGGAACAAGUGUGAUUAUAGGUUCAGGCCUCCAGGAGUUUUGAUACUGAACCGGUCGACGAAUUUGGCCUUAUGAAGCAGUUUUGUUACUAGAGGUCUUCUUUUAAGGCUGUCCCUUUUUCACAGUCAGUAAAUGAUCUCAGACUUUCAAAAAAUUAAAUGCACGUUUGCAUGAAUGCAAUGAUUUCAAACAAGAGCACACAGCUAUUGUGUAUUACAAUUUAAAUAUUUCAGUUGAAAAUAAACACAUAGUGACCUCUGUAGUACGGGUCAUUUACUUCGUUUCAAAACAACUCAAAGUAUAUGUUUGUGACGUUGUUGAGUGUGUCCACCGGGCAAGCUGAAAAGUUUGCUUCACCGUGGCUGGAAUCGAACCCGCGACCUUGGAAUGCUCUACUAGCUGAGCUACGAGAUCAAGUUGGUUCGAGUGGUUGAUUUUUUUGGGGGAGGGGGGAGGGUGGUUAUUGCAAAACACCAGAAACAAAAAAAUUCAAGGUCCUAAAAACAUGUCGACUUGACCUCGUAGCUCUGUUGGUAGAACAUUGCAUGAUUAUAGCAAACCAAAGGUCUCGGGUUCGAUUCCCACCACGGUCAAGCAAAUUGUUUGGCUUGCACUGUGCGGACACACUCAGAGACAACAUCACAAACAUAACUAAUAAUCACAAACGAAACUAAUACAAGUUUAUCAUGUGCUUAUAUGUGCAUGCACAUACAGUAAAACCCCGCAUAAAGAACCAGUGAAUUUUGACUUCAGGCUGAAGUGGUGCUUAUAUAACAGGUAAUUAGAAAGAAAUCAGGCUGAAGUGGUUCUUAACUGGUUCUUAUUUCCAGUCAAAAACAAUUGUUCCUGGUUUAGAGUUGUAAACCUCUUAUUGUAUAUAAUGAAACUAGUAAAUGAACUGUAAGUAAUUAUUUUGAUAAAAUAAAUGCAUGCAUGAGCAUGAUGUGGCAGAAAGAUAUAAUUCCUGCUAGCAAGAUUACAGUAUUUUCUUUUCUUCCUAGUACCUGCUUACUAAUUCAGCUAAAAGUUUAAUAAGGUUUUUUAAGAACCAGUUUCAUUUGUCAGCCUGAAGUGGUUCUUGUAUUUUUGGGUGCUUAAUUGCCCAAAUUUCAGGCUGGUGGUUCUUAACGCACUGGUUCUUUUAUACGGGGUUUUACUGUAUCACCGUCCCUGCAGGCUGCAUGAUCAUGAGUUUCCUCAAUAUAGACAAUAGGUUUCCAUAAUUAUUUUUGUAAGGUACGUAUUUUGUGUACGCAGUGGUAGAGUAUUUGCUUUUCCUGAGUGAAACUUUGUACACUGAAUUGAUUUUCGUCUAUUAUCGGACUUAAAAAUCCCGUUUGAGAUGGAAAGGGCCUCAAUUAAAGUUCAGGGAAAUAGGCGGAUAAGGGAAUUAAGAAUCUAGUCUUUAACGGACUAUACGCAGACUGUUUACAGUUUCUCGUCUAAAACGAGUUCCCGGCCUUAUAGACGCGGAAAUCCAUUUUCAACUAUAUAUGUCUGUGAAACGGCCAAUGUCACAAUGUUUCAUCAUGUUUAUUAAAUUUAAGAAUGCUUUUUAAUAUUUAACAACCCAUUUUCGAUCCUUUGAGUUUGGAAAUUUUUAGUCCGUUUGUUGUAAAAAGGUGGAAUUGAGACUUAGCUAACUAAUGGUAUUAAAUACAAGAUUUAUUGCCCCUUUGUAACUGACAUGUUCCUCAUACUUACAAUUAAUCACAUGACAACUGUAUUCAGGUUCACUCCUCCAACAUGAGGUAAGGCGAAAAUUAAAGAAUGACGCUUGGUGAAUCGCUUCAUUAUUUUCGGGGAGGAAGGGGGCACUGCAUGUGUUCGGAAUUCUAUGGUAUAAUAUCUUUUCAGGAGAACACGCAUGCAUAUAUGACUAUUUGAUCGCUUAAUUUCUAACUUUCCACGCAUAUCUUGUUGAUAGCUUUCUGAUAAUUAGCAAAAUGUCUUUUCUUAAAGGGGUUACUAGUCCUGAUGAUGAUCACAAUGAGACAUUUAACUUGUGAAGCGGCACCUGCAAAGCGGCCUGCUCAGUUGGAUCGCACUAAGGUACACGAUAAGGCUAUGUUGGAAAAAACAUAUCAGACUGAAAAGUUGCUGAAAAAAGCAAUAAAAAAAUCGCAAUGGUUUACCAAGGAACGUUCGUCAAAAAUAAGCAGCAACUGUCCAUUCACAUGGAAAAUGUCAAAACUACAGAAUAAACGACUCCCAAGACAUGUUGUUGAGGCUGAGUGCAAAGGAUGUAGUCUGUCGUGCAAGCCUCUUCUUUACCAUGUAACUGUACUAAUUAAUGAUGGAACAAAUAAAAUGAAUUGGACAACAAUCCCAGUAAAGGUGGCUUAUAUCUAUGACCUUCAAUGGAAAUGAGAUAAAAAUUGAACUUCUACAGAAGUGCGGACUUGUAGUUUAUGUUUGCACUAAGCUCCAAAAAUUGGUGGCGGUAUAGAAACUAGAAAUAAAGUGUCGAUUUUGGAGAACCCAGAAUUAUAGGAUGUAUUUUCUAUGAAAAAUUUUUAAAUGACAUUUAUUAUUUAUUUGAGAUUUUAUAGUAAAUUUUUAACCAAAUGUAUACGUAAUUGAAUAUAUAUUUAAGAAAUUAAUGUUGAUAUAGUACUGCAGAAAGCUGGUCUUUAAUGUAACUUAUAACAUAUAUUUAUAUAACACUUUUGUUAGCCUCAUUAUACCCAGGAGAACCAGGAG